AUGACCAUUGAUGGUACGGGGCAAUCUAAGGAGGCCUUGCAAGAUGAACGGUUGAAUACCGGGUCUGAUAAGAUCUAUCAGAACUAUAUGAUGCCCGCUUUGGAGCUUUAUGAUGCGAAGGUUUCUAUUAAUCACUGGCAAUUACGGGAUUGUAUCAAGCCGAGCUCCUUGAACCAGAGCAAACUGUAUUAUAUCUACGACCAUUCGAUAAGAGUAUUAGAUACGGACUCUUCCACCUUAAGGCCUUUAGUAAGGCGGCAUCACUCUAUCCAACCGAGUAACGCCAGUAAGCACUCCAUUUCGAAGACAUCCACAAAGGGUAGUAAGGCGACAGGCUCAGUAAUCUCGAAAAAUUUGCACGUCCCUUCCGAAAAACUGGUGGAAUUCAACUUUAAACCAAGAUGUUUUACCGAAUUAAACGGGUUGACUGUUUGUGGUGGGCUCAUUGGCUCUGACGAUAAGGGGUUCCCUUCCAACUGGAACCGUUUAGCUCAGGAUGCAAAUACGUCACUGCCUCCGCCUUCUCAACCGAUUAGCAUUUCCAAAAAUAUUAGUUUUCCUAUAAACUCCCACUAUUCAAAUCCCAAUAUCUGGAAAGGCAUUGUGGAAUUUUACAAUGAAGAAACAGACACUAUGAUGACAUUCACUUUGGGCCAGUUCAUUAACAAUUGUGUUACUCUUCAUAACAAGGCCACGACACAGUUCGAUCUUUUUGCUUGUAACAACGAUGGGCACCUUUAUCAAUGCGAUGUAAGCAGUAGGGAUGUAACAUUAGUGAAACGCUAUGCUGAUUUAAAAUUUCCUUUGAACAACGCUUCCUUGUCGCACGAUGGCCAAACUAUGGUAGUAUCUGGUGAUUCCAAUAAAUUUGCUGUUUACAAACAGAAUGAAUUAACAAGCCAAUUUUCCUUACGUUACGAUAAUAAUCCCUCUUGGGGCAGUUCCUCCCAUCGCGUCAGAAGAAUACCGCGGUUUGCUUUGCCUGAUGAAUCAGAAUGUAUUGAAAAUGUAUAUGAAGCGCCAAACUCAGAUCACGGGUUUUAUAAUUGCUUUUCGGAGAACGAUUUACAGUUUGCAACUGUAUUCCAAAAUGGCACUUGCUUAGUCUAUGAUGUCAGAAAUAUGGCUACCCCCAUGGCAGAAAUUAGUUCAACAAGACCGCAUUCUCACAACGGUGCAUUUAGAGUUUGUAGGUUUAGUUAUGGCCUAGAUGAUUUAUUAUUCGUCUCGGAACAUCAAGGUAGAGUUCAUGUUGUAGACACCAGAAACUUCGUUAACCACCAAGUCAUUGUAAUUCCUGAUAAAGUCAACAUGGAAUACAUAAAUGAACAGAGAAAUAGUUCAAACCCCAGAUUUAAUAUGAACAACAAUAACGACAAUAAUGAUAAUGACAAUAGCAAACACGAAUCUCAUUUUUCUCAAGGGACAGAUUACCGUUCCUUAGCAAGAAGAAGGUUCUCAUUGCCUUCUUUGUCAAACAUAUCAGAACCCUGGAUAACAAUGGCACAAAGAAUCCCUACAAAAUAUUUAGAACCACAAAUUUUACCAUUUCCAAAAGUUAUGGACAAAAUUAGUAACGAAUCAAUCUUAUUUUCUUCGCCACGUAACCCAUCAAACGAGACUUCUCAUCCAAACAAGAGGCGAUGUUCAUUUAGAAUAAGAAGGGUGUCUACAUCGGGUCCAAUUACUGACUCUUCUAAUGGCCACGUAAAUUUGAGCGCGCAUACUACUGAUUCGACUGCAACUUCAUCGUCAAAUUCUGCAUCCCAAAAUUUGAUUGACCCUUUGAUUCUUUCUCACCAGCAAGCACACAAUGAUGUUUUUGAAGAUGAUGAAUAUUAUGAGGCUUAUAAUGACGUUCAUUCAACAUACCGUGUUUCUUCGGACUAUCCUGGUCUCUCACCAAGAGCUUUUGAAAGUUUCCUAAGACCGCCUUCAACUCCUGACUUACCGUCGGAUGAUGACAAUUUUGCCACAAAUAAUAGAAAUAAUAGGGGAACAUCAAAUUUUUUGAGAAGAGCAGUAGUUUCAACUCAAGAGAAUAACGAAUUUCUAGAAGAAAACAAUAUAUCAGGUGUUGAUUGGGUUGAAGACAGAAACGGUAGUUCUUUGAUUAUUGGUACGGAUUAUGGUAUUAUGAGGUGGAAUAUCAACUCAUGGGCAAGAAGGAGUUUCUCUAGUUACGAUUUAUGUUAA